GCAGCUGGCUGGGAAGCGGUGCUCUGGCUCGGGCUGGCACACGCGGCUCGGGAGCGGCGCGCCGGCUCCGCCUCCGGCCCCCAUCUGCCCGCCGCGCGCCCGCCCCUCCCAAUUCCCAGAGCCGGGGCUGGGGCUUGCGGCGGCGGCGGCGGCGGCGGAUCUAGGCUGGGCUGCUGGGCGCGGGGCCAGGGCGGGCCGGGAGAGGCUGCUCCGGCGGUGGAUCGCGCGGAGGGCGGUGGCCUGGGCCGGCCGAACCAUGGCGGCCCCUGAACCGGCGCCGAGGCUGGCCCGGGAGCGGGAGCGGGAGGACGAGAGCGAGGACGAGAGCGACAUCCUGGAGGAGAGCCCGUGUGGUCGCUGGCAAAAGCGGCGGGAGGAGGUAAACCAGGGGAACAUGCCAGGGCUUCAAAGCACCUUCCUAGCCAUGGACACGGAGGAGGGGGUAGAGGUGGUGUGGAACGAGCUCCACUUCAGAGACAGAAAGGCCUUCGCGGCGCACGAGGAGAAGAUCCAGACUGUGUUUGAGCAGCUGGUGCUGGUGGACCACCCCAACAUCGUGAAGUUGCACAAGUAUUGGCUGGAUACCUCCGAGGCCUGCGCGAGGGUGAUUAUGGGCGAGGCCCCGGGCAGGCAGAGGCCACAGCCAGGUGGGGUGGGCAUGGGGACGAACGCGCAGCUGGUGGAAAUCCUGAGCUCGCACCCUGCAGGUCAUCUUCAUCACAGAGUACGUGUCAUCAGGCAGCCUCAAGCAAUUCCUCAAAAAAACCAAGAAGAACCACAAGGCCAUGAACGCCCGGGUAUGGGGAGCGGGCUGGGGCAGCCACGGGGACAGGACGGGGUUGGGGCAGCCUCGGGGACUGGGAUGGUGAGGGGGUGCCCAGUGGCCUCGGACAGGGACUGGGCGAGGAUGCGGGGCGGGCUCCGCAGGCCCAGCCGCCUCUCCUGCGCCCACCCGACGGAGUCGUGCGUCCGCCGCCAGGCCUGGAAGCGCUGGUGCACGCAGAUCCUGUCCGCGCUCAGCUUCCUGCACGCCUGCAGCCCCCCGAUCAUUCACGGGAACCUGACCAGCGACACCAUCUUCAUUCAGCACAAUGGCCUCAUCAAGAUCGGCUCUGUGUGGCACCGAAUCUUCUCCAAUGCGCUGCCGCAUGAUCUCCGAAGCCCCAUCCGCGCUGAGCGAGAGGAACUUCGGAACCUGCACUUCUUCCCCCCAGAGUACGGCGAGGUGGCCGAUGGGACCGCUGUGGACAUCUUCUCCUUUGGGAUGUGUGCGCUGGAGAUGGCUGUGCUGGAGAUCCAGGCCAACGGGGACACCCGGGUCACAGAGGAGGCCAUUGCUCGUGCCAGGCACUCACUGAGUGACCCCAACAUGCGGGAGUUCAUCCUUUGCUGCCUGGCCCGGGACCCUGCCCGCCGGCCCUCUGCCCACAGCCUCCUCUUCCACCGCGUGCUCUUCGAGGUGCACUCGCUGAAGCUCCUAGCAGCCCACUGCUUUAUCCAGCACCAGUACCUCAUGCCUGAGAACGUAGUGGAGGAGAAGACCAAGGCGGUGGACCUGCACGCAGUCUUGGCGGAGCUUCCCCGGCCCCGCAGGCCCCCGCUGCAGUGGCGGUACUCGGAAGUCUCCUUCAUGGAGCUGGACAAAUUCCUGGAGGAUGUCAGGAAUGGGAUCUACCCACUGAUGAACUUUGCAGCCACUCGGCCCCUGGGGCUGCCCCGGGUGCUAGCCCCACCCCUGGAGGAGGUCCAAAAGGCCAAGACCCCGACGCCAGAGCCCUUUGACUCUGAGACUAGGAAGGUCAUCCAGAUGCAGUGCAACCUGGAGAGAAGCGAGGACAAGGCGCGCUGGCAUCUCACUUUGCUUCUGGUGCUGGAGGACCGGCUGCACCGGCAGCUGACCUACGACCUGCUCCCAACGGACAGCCCUCAGGACCUCGCCUCGGAGCUUGUGCACUACGGCUUCCUCCAUGAGGACGACCGGAUGAAGCUGGCCGCCUUCCUGGAGAGCACCUUCCUGAAGUACCGUGGGGCCCAGGCCUGACCCAGUACCCCAGCCCCUGGGGACCAUGCCGGGGUGCUGCCCAGGCAGGCCAUGUGGGGGAGACCCCAGCACCGCGGGGCUGCUCUCCUCCGUGUGCCUGGGAGCACAAAGGCCCUGGUAGUGAAGAAACCCCCGCCUCCUGAGAGUGGGGCAGACCCUGCCUCGGGCGCCGCGGGGGUGGGGGGUGGGUGUGGGGGAGCCGUUAGGCCUCCCAGGUCCUUAGGUUCAGGGUUGCCCUCAGGACCCCUUCCCAUAUCCUCCAUUCUCCACCCUGAGUUCCUACCCAGGCUGCCUGGCCAGGGCCACUGCCUGCUCAGCAUGCAGGAGGCUGCCCUGCAGGGAGCCCCAGCUCUGGGGCUUGGGGGUGAGGGUCAGCCCUGGACAGACCUCUGCCCAGGGAACUGCUCCAUGGGGUCUGGGAGAGCAGCCAUCCCCGGCUGGCACCAUAGACCCACACAAGGAGCCUGCACAGCAAGCCAGCAGUGACACACCUGCAGGUGUCACGCAUGGCACUGGGCACAACAGGGACCUGGCAGGAGAAACAGACCACAGAGAGGUCUGGAGUUGAGGCUGUCAUCAGCAAAGCCCCUGGUCCCACACAGCUCUGCCCUGGAGCCACCUCUUUGACCCUUUACCCACCCCGAGACCAGAACCUGCAGCCCCUCUACAGAUCUCCUCUGGCCACUGCAGCCCCUCUACAGAUCUCCUCUGGCCACUGCAGCCCCUCUACAGAUCUCCUCUGGCCACUGCAGCCCCCCUACAGAUCUCCUCUCACUGCAGCCCCUCUACAGAUCUCCUCUGGCCACUGCAGCCCCCCUACAGAUCUCCUCUGGCCACUGCAGCCCCUCUACAGAUCUCCUCUGGCCACUGCAGCCCCUCCAACGGGCUUUUUCUCUCCUGCAUUCCCUGGCCUGGAGGGGUCAGGGCCCCCACAUCCUCUCUGCUCCUCAGAUUCACACCCCCUCCAUGUUACCUCCCGCACCUCCUCCCUGGGGCAGCUGCUCCCUGGGCCUCUGAGGAUGUCAGCUCCUGGCUCCCUGCCUCUCUCCCACUGCAUUCCUGGCUCAGUCUUAGAGGUUUCUAUGCCCCCAUAGAUUCUACCCCUGCCUUCCUGGCCUCUUGAUUCUUGGCUUGCCUCUCCUCCAAUUCCAAACUUAGUGAAAUGGCCUUAAACAUUUUAAAUUGUAUGUAUAAAUUUAGCACAAUCAUGCCUUUUUAAAAGCAUUUCAAAUGUCAAACCAGGAAGGCACACCACUGUAUUAGUUCUAUACUGCUGCUGUAAAAUUUACCACAAACUUAGUGGCUUAGAACAACACAAAUGUAUUGCAAUUCUGUAGGCUGGAAGUCUGACUACAGGUCUCACUGGACUAGAAUCAAGGCUGGCAGGCUGCCUUCCUUCCUGGAGGUUCUAGGGGAGACUCUGUCUCCUGCUUCUUCAGGCUGCUGGCAGAAUCCACAUCCUUUCAGUGGCAGGGCCAAGGUCCCUACUUUCUUGCUGGCUGUAAACUAAGGCCACUUCCAGCUUGUAGAGGCUGCCUACAUUCCUUGGCUCUUGGCCUCCUCCUCCAUCUUCAAAGCUAGCAGUUUCAGUCUGUAUCACGAAACAUUUCUCUGGUUCUCUGCAGACAGGAAAGGUUGUCCCUAAGGACUCAUGAGAUUAGGUUGGGCCCAGCCAGAUAAUACAGGAUAAUCUCCCUCCUCAAGGUUUUUAAUAUUAAACACAUCUGCAGGACACAUUUUGCCAUGUAAACUAACAUUCACUGGUUCCAGGGAUUAAGGAAGGAAACUCUUUUGUUGGGGAAGGGUGGCAUUCUGCUGACCACAGCACCCCAACCAAAAGCCAAAAACCAAAGCAAGACUUACUAACGCAUAUCAAAUAAAUUAAAUGUGCAAAAUAGUGAAUCUCAGUUAUCUUAAAUAUUCCAAUACUAUUUACAAAAUUAUUCUAAUUCUCACACCUUCCAACUCAAAAUUAGUAAUCUAAAAUAAUCUCCAUAUCCUAGAUGGAAACCCUCAUGUGAAACUGUCUGAUUACGCACGGUCCUAAAUGGUUUCAGUGGUAAACACAUAACAUUGUACUACUGAUUAAACUGAACUUAAAAGCAUCAAUACUACCAUUGCUGCACUUAA